AUGUCAUCAUAUCUGCCAGACCUGGAUCCACACACGGAAGAAUCACUGCUCAACCCACUGCCUUUUGCCGUCAAUCGUGUCAACUGUCCGAAGAAUAUCCUUGAGAAUGCUGACGUGCUUGAUGUUGUCGUAUUGAGAUCGACAAAUGUUCAUGGCGGCAACUCAAGCUUUUACGGGUUAUUCUUCAUUGCGGCUGAACAGGCGAAAGAGAAAUCUGCCUUGGAGAUCGUUGAGAAUACGGAGACAGUGUUGCAUGCGUUGCAUCUGGACGAUUGUGCAGAUGCAUAUGUGGCGCUGGCUGAGCAUGCUGAUAGAAAUGCAAUCAGUGGGCAGUGCUACAACAUCUCAGCAGGAAAUUGUGAAACCCUGAACGAAUUUUUGAAAGGGGCUGUUGGAGGAAUAUGA